AUGGGCGCGUUCAAUCUCGAGACAUGUGCUCGGCCUAACAUACUUACCCUUGAGCCGUAUCGCUGCGCCCGGGACGACUACAAAGACGACGGCUCCAACAUCUUGUUAGAUGCAAACGAGAAUGCCUACGGCCCAUCAAUCGCCGGUGACGGCAUGGCGGCGGCCCAGCGCGGCGCCUCGGAGCCCGCGCUGGACUUUCUAGGCCUGCACCGGUACCCGGACCCGCACCAGGCGGACCUGAAGGAGCUGUUCUGCCGGUACCGCAACACGCACGCGCACACGGCCCAGACGCUCACGCCGGACAACCUGUUCGUCGGCGUCGGCAGCGACGAGGCCAUCGACGCCUUACUGAGGUGCUUCUGCGUUCCCGGGCGGGACCGCAUCCUCGUGUGCCCGCCGACGUACGGCAUGUACUCGGUCUCGGCGCAGGUCAACGACGUGGGGCUGGUGCGGGUGCCGCUCCUGCCCGCGCCCACCUUCGGCCUGGACGUCGAGGGGGUGUGCGCCGCCCUGGCCGCCGAGCGCGACGUCAAGCUCGUCUACCUCUGCUCGCCGGGCAACCCGACGGGCUCGCGGCUGGCCAAGGCGGACGUCCGCGCCGUACUCGAGCACCCGACGUGGAACGGCGUCGUGAUCCUGGACGAGGCCUACGUCGACUUCGCGCCCGACGACGCCUCCCUGGCCGAGUGGGUCCUCGAGUGGCCCAACCUCGUCGUCAUGCAGACCCUCUCCAAGGCCUUCGGCAUGGCCGGCAUCCGCCUCGGCGCCGCCUUCGCCUCCGCCCCCGUCGCCCGCCUCCUCAACAGCCUCAAGGCCCCCUACAACAUCUCCAGCCCCACGAGCGCCCUGGCCUGCCACGCCCUGGACGCCCCGGGCCUGGCCGUCAUGCGCGCCAACAGGGCGAGGAUAGUCGAGCAGCGCUCGAGGCUGCUGGAGGAGCUGCCGCGGAUCGAGGGCGUCGGCCGCCUGCGCGGCGGCGCCGACAGCAACUUCCUGCUCUUCGAGAUGCUCGACGCCACGUCGCGGCCCGACAACGCCACCGCGCUGGCCGUCUACCAGCGGCUGGCGGAGACCAAGGGGGUCGUCGUCCGCUUCCGCGGCAAGGAGCACGGCUGCCUGGGAUGCCUGAGGAUCACGGUCGGCACCGCGGACGAGGUCACCCGGUUUUUGGAAUCGCUCGGGAAGGCGUUAGCCGAGGUGCGCGGGGGUUCAGCCCCCGAGGGGCGAGGAGAGUAG